AUGCUGCUCCCUCUCACGUUAUCUUUCCUUUGUCCCCCUCGGUUUCCCCUUCGUUUCUCCCGGUCUCCCCGUUUCUCCGACUCCACGCCUCCCCGUCUCCCGGUUUCCCGGCGCUUCAUCCCUUACUACCGGCAGAAUUACCGCGAAGCGGCUCGUUUGAGGGACGCGAUUCGGGAAGUGAAAGCGCGGGAUCCGGUGCGACGACUGCAGCAGCAGCUGGAAGCCGCGAUCGCCGGGGAGCGGUACGAGGAGGCGGCGACGCUCAAGGAGGAGCUUGCGCGAAUCGCCCCGCCCCCGCCUCCCGCGCCCGCCCUCCCCGCUUCUUCCUGCACCAGCGACACUCUCACUGAGGGAGUGCGAGUGGUGGUGCGCAGUGUGUAUGUGCGGCACCGCAGCGACCCCGAACGCUCGCACUUCUUCUUUGCAUACCGCGUGCGCAUCACCAACGAGGGCUCUCGCGUCGUGCGCCUCGUCAGCCGCCACUGGCUCAUCAUCAACGGCAAGGGGCGCGUGGAGCACGUCAGGGGCCCUGGAGUGGUGGGACAGCAGCCAGUGCUGCCACCAGGGGCAUCAUUUGAGUACACGUCUGUCUGCCCUCUAGACACUCGCAACGGAGCUAUGAUACUACUCUGCGAUUCAGGAAGUUGGAGUGAAUGCACCAUGGCGAUCACCGGUGAGAACAGCACCGGUGAUGAAGACGACGAUGCCCUUUACGCCGCCACCGAGAUGCGGGAGGCCAAAACAGGACUAGACUUUCUAGUCUCCGUGCUCUCCCAUGAAAAAGAGAAGCAAGCUCCCCUCACUUCAGGAGCAUACACUGGUGAAGCGUCUGACCUCUGCCGCGGCGACGAUCGCCCCCAGCCCGCGCAUACUGCUCAGCCGGUCGUGGCGUCAGCAGCUGGCCCGAGCGUCCGCUUGCCAUCUCGUGCCUCGUCGUCGAAGCCUCCGCCUCGUUACAAGCAGGCCGUGCUCCGCUGGGCCGAUCCAACAGCUCCUGACCGUGCUCUCGCUAAUGCCGGCGAGUCGGUAAACCAUGUUACGGCCACUCCCUCCAAGUCAAAAAAACCGUCACUAACCGCUCUGAUUUACGAGGAUGCAUUGGACUCGUUCAAGUCCACGUGGUCGACAGACUACCCAUGGCUCGUACUCCUCAAAAACACUUCUAGCAUGCCUGCGUUCAAGUGCAGAUUGUGCAUGGACUUUGCAGGUGACGGGGGCAAGUGUGGCAAGAGUGGGCACGGUGCAACCGAUCUUCAGACCCAAGCCUUCAAGCGGCAUGCCGCAACGAACAAGCACCAGUUGGCCAUCGAGCACCAGAUGAAGAUGCUAGCUCAGGCUGGGAAGCAGUCGCGGAUUGACCAGCAUCCGCUCGCCAGGGAUGACGAGACGACCCGCGUCAUCGCCCUCCUAAACUCCCUUCACUUCACAACCCAGAACCACCUGCCGAUGGAGACGUGGGUGAGCCUCAUUCGGUACAUGGCUAAGAACGAAGUGCCCGGCUUCCCCAAAAAGGGAUACGGCACUUAUUACACCACGUAA